AUGAGCGUGCAGCCGACCUGCUUGCAGAUGAUGAGGAUGCAGAGGGUGCCCAAGGGUCGGGCUGAGGAACUCUACAGGAAGUUUCUGGCAUUUGAGAAGCAAUUUGGUGACCGUGAGGGGAUUGAGGAUGCCAUUGUGGGCAAGAGGAGAUUUCAGUACGAGGACGAGGUGAGGAAGAACCCACUAAAUUAUGACUCAUGGUUUGAUUAUAUCAGGCUGGAGGAGAAUGUUGGGAAUAAGGAGAGGACCAGGGAGGUGUACGAGAGGGCCAUCGCCAAUGUGCCCCCUGCAGAGGAGAAGCGAUAUUGGCAGAGGUACAUAUACCUCUGGAUUAACUAUGCGUUAUGUGAGGAACUUGAUGCACAAGACAUAGAACGGACCAGGGAGGUUUACAAGGAAUGCCUGAAGUUAAUUCCACACAAGAAAUUCACGUUCGCAAAGAUGUGGCUCAUGGCAGGCCAGUUUGAGAUAAGGCAGAGAAAUCUAAAGGCUGCACAACAGAUUCUUGGAAAUGCAAUUGGAAUGGCCCCAAAGAGCAAGAUAUUUAAGAAAUACAUUGAGAUCGAGCUGUAUCUGGGCAACUUUGAUCGCUGUAGGACUCUUUAUGAGAAGUACAUCGAAUGCCAGCCCUUGAUACGCCAGAGGUUCUGUGGAAGAAAGGAGUACUUGCAGUUUGAAAUUGAUGAAAGUGAGUUUGAGAGAACAAGGGAACUAUACGAAAGACUGCUUGAUAGAACAAAGCAUUUGAAGGUAUGGAUCAGUUAUGCUGAGUUUGAGGCCUCAGCUGGCUUGGGUGGUGAAGAUAGUGAAAGCGAGGAAAAAAAUAAUGAAGUUGGUUAUCAGGAGCAGAAGAUGGAGCGGGUCCGGAAAUGUAGAGCUGUCUUUGAAAGGGCAUUUGACUACUUUAGAACCAGUGCCCCAGAGUUGAAGGAGGAAAGAGCUAUGCUUCUUGAAGAAUGGCUUAACAAGGAGGUGAGCUUUGGUGAUCAUGGCGAUAUUAGUUUAGUGCAGAAGAAGGCACCAAGAAAAGUCAAGCGGAAGAGACCAAUUCCUACAGAAGAUGGCUCCACUAUAGCGUAUGAGGAGUAUAUUGACUACAUUUUCCCAGACGAAGUUGCUCUAGCACCAAACCUUAAGAUCCUAGAAGCUGCUUACAAGUGGAAGAAGCAGAAAACCGGCGAUGAUGAUGAGUGA